GCGCGGAGUGCUCUAGUCCCGCUGUGCACGCUGGGAGUUGUAGUCCCGCUGAGGGGGUGUUAUGGCGGUGUGGGGCUGCGCAGCGCGAUGCCAUGGGGGAUGGCGGCGUUCUUGCCUGUGUCCCCAUCCCACCCUCAUCUCCAUCCCUGUAUCCAUGUCCCCAACCCUGUCUCUGUCCACCUGUCGCGUUGAGAAGUGACCUACAGGGCUCAUCUAGUCACCAAGGGUUAGAGCGAGCGUUGCCAGAGCCGCAAGUUGCGUUUCAUGGACAUGGGGACAUGGAUCUGUUGGAGCCCAAAGCCCCUCCAGUCCCACCCCCUGCCGUGGGCAGGGACACCUCCCACUGGAUCAUAUUGCUCCAAGCCCCAUCCAGCCUGGCCUUGAACCCCUCCAGGGAUGGGGCAGCCACCGCUGCUCUCGGCAAUCUGGGCCAGGGCCUCCCCCCCCCACCAGGAGAACAUUCCUCCCUAAGAUCUCAUCUCAAUCUCCCCUCUUUCAGAUCAAAACCAUUCCCUGCAUCCUAUCCCUGCACUCUCUGAUCGAGAGCCCCUCCCCAGCUUUCCUGGAGCCCCUUUCAGCCCUGGAAGCUGCUCCAAGGUCUCCCUGCAGCCUUCCCUUCUCCAGGAUGAACCCCAACUCUCUCAGCCUGUCCUCGACCAGGAGAUGCUCCAGUGCUCAGAUCAUCUCCGUGGCCUCCUCUGGUCUCACUCCAACAGCUCCACAUCCCUCCUGUGCUCAUGAGGUGCUGCUGCUCCUGCUCACCUCUUCACCCACAUUACCCUCAACCCUUCUCUCAGGUCUGAAAGUUUGACUGAAUCCGCCCCUCGCAGCUGCCCCUCCCUUGGUGCGAAGUGGAAUAAUCACCCACAGAUGUGGUUGGAGCUGCUCCUCGGGGGCUGCACCGGGGCGGGUGAGGGGCUGCUACCUUUCCUAUAUAACCAGACCCAGGGCAGCUCCUGAGGGCUUUCUUGGAAGCUGAGAUGAGUGCAGAACCUGGGCGAAAGCGUGGGCAUGCUCCCACCUCUGGGGACAGGAGGUCUAAGAAGAAGCCAAAGAGAAAGGAGACCUAUUCAGUCUACAUCUACAAAGUUCUCAAGCAGGUGCACCCGGACACCGGCAUCUCCUCCAAGGCCAUGAGCAUCAUGAACUCCUUCGUCAAUGACAUUUUCGAGCGUCUGGCCUCGGAGGCGUCGCGCCUGGCCCAGUACAACCACCGCUCCACCAUCACCAGCCGUGAGGUGCAGACGGCUGUCAGGCUCCUGCUGCCCGGCGAGCUGGCCAAGCACGCUGUCUCUGAGGGCACCAAGGCUGUCACCAAGUACACCAGCAGCAAGUGA